AAUAGACAGAAAGGAAACUUCAUGGUUUGCUUAGAGAAGAGAAUCCGAAUUAAAUUCUCAUUCUAUUUACUCAACCAUCAUCGAUCACUGACUCGCUCUUUCUCACUCGGUCCUUGUGAUUGGAUUCGAAGAAUUUAAUUUAAUUCAGCGGAAUGAAUUACCUAAUUGGAGCUUUCAAGCCUUCAUGUAAUAUCUCCAUCACCUUUUCCGAUGCAAAAAAUCGCAAGCAGGUUUCUCCUCCUUAAUUAUGUUCCGAUGAAAAAGGAGAAUGGCCAAACGUUGAUGGUUCCGCUCUGCCAUAGCCAAGAAAACAUUGCUGGAAAGAUUUCUAUAGAGCCACUGCAAGGGAAAAAGGUCGAUCACAUUGGUGUUAAAGUUGAACUUCUUGGCCAAAUUGAGAUGUAUUUCGAUAGAAGCAAUUUUUAUGACUUCGCAUCCCUUGUACGUGAAUUGGAUGUUCCUGGAGAAAUAUAUGAACGAAAGACGUAUCCGUUUGAGUUUUCCACAGUUGAAAUGCCGUAUGAGACAUAUAAUGGGGUGAAUGUGAGGCUCAGGUAUGUUCUGAAAGUGACUGUCACCCGUGGUUAUGCAGGUAGCAUAAUUGAAUACCAGGACUUCAUGGUUAGCAACUAUUCUCCCCCUCCACCAAUCAACAACAGCAUAAAGAUGGAAGUUGGCAUUGAAGAUUGCCUGCACAUUGAGUUUGAAUACAACAAAAGCAAGUAUCAUCUAAAAGACGUGAUUAUCGGAAAGAUAUACUUUCUUCUAGUAAGAAUUAAGAUAAAAAAUAUGGAUCUUGAGAUCAGGCGUCGAGAAUCAACAGGAUCAGGGGCCAAUACAUAUGUUGAGACAGAGACGUUAGCUAAAUUCGAGUUGAUGGAUGGAGCUCCUGUCAGAGGUGAAUCAAUUCCCAUCAGAUUGUUUCUUAGCCCUUAUGAACUGACACCAACACAUCGCAACAUUAACAACAAAUUUAGUGUGAAGUAUUAUUUGAACCUUGUUCUGGUUGAUGAAGAGGAUCGUCGCUAUUUUAAGCAACAGGAAAUUACAAUAUACAGGCUUCAGGAAAGUUCUUAAUCAUGUUUUGAUACUCAGAUAUUGUUUUAUCCGUUGAAAAGAUAAUAGAUGAUCAACUGACACCUAGCCUUGAAAUUAUUGGAGAGGGUCUUGUUCUGUUGACCGGUCUAGAUUGAUGUUUGUUCUUGCUUGGUCACUCCUUGGCAGAAUUAUGUACAUGGGUCACAUCUGGGUGGUGGAAUACCAGUGUUUGCUUUCAUGGUUUAAUCAUUAAAAAAAAAAAAAAAUUGUCUUUCUGUAGCCAACAACCAUUGUCAACGUUGACAGAGCUUGGCUCCCGGCACCUUAUGUAACAUUUUUUGCCCCCUCCAGGGGAUUAUCGAGAACAAUUUCUGUUUGUCAUCGCCCUUCAUAUUUUGUUUGGAAAUUUCUCGAAGAGUGGUUAUACUUUUGUGCUUAUUUGUACAAGCCUAUGAAACAUGUACAAGUACUUUUGUGCUUACUCGUGCUGUCUGGCUUACCAUGUUCCGGUACAAGGCAUUGUUCGCAACUCAGUGCUUAAACUUGUUGCUUCAUAGCUGGGUUCAGUACUUGUUUUGUUUGGGAAUCUGAAAAUGUAAAGUAAAAACAGAGCUACAUGAUCAUAUAAUAGCAUCAUAGGAUAUUAGCAGGGUUUAGGGUUUUGGGGCUGUCAGCAGUUUCUUGCUCUAUUAGUAACUGAUGAUUACUUUGAUUGUAUUCUUCAAAACACAAGAGACUAUGAAGUAUUUAUGUUCUGGU